GCUGCAUUGCCGUUAUGACCGUUAACAUUAAUGACGGGCUACUUAGCCCCAAAGCGUAAUAAAAUUUGUACCUAUCAUACUUACAAAAUGAGCUCUUUCAAUUAAGCUACAAACAACUGUAACAUUUAAAUCAUUUGGAUUGUUUUGGCGCUUAGGGUUCAUUUUUUCCCACUGUACCGUUACGAAAAAAAAACUGGGCAGAAAAAUGUAGAACAGCAGCACCGGUGGGUUCCUAUUCCAUUCUGCGGGGGAAAAACUGUUGCGGAAAAUCGUUCACCAUUCGUCAACGGGCUGUUAGCUCACGCGGAUUAAUUCCAGGCACAGAACAGGCGAAACAGCAGCAGCACUUUCACCAGUUUGGAGCAACGAUUUGUACACGGCCGACGUUUUGUGAUUAACGGAGUGAAUUAUUAAAAGUGUCAGGAUUUACGACCGAACCGGAUGGAUGUGAUACAGUUUAAACUGCCGAAUGGGUUUCAGCCCAAAUCGAAGGUGCACCGGAGACGGAAGAUGUCCCGCUGUUUGUGGAUCUCGCCGGAUACGCUGUUCACGCUGUGUGAGGUUGCCCUCCGGAAGCUACUGUUGUCCGUUGUUCCGCGGCGGAAGUUCUGGGCCACCGUUAUUUCUCUGCUGCCACGUGAAAGCGCUCGCAGUACCGUUUGGCAUCAGGUGCAGUGUCCGUGGGAGUUCAACCGACAUCAGCGCACCAUCGUCAACUACGCCAACCACUGGACGCUCCUGUCGGGCACCGUUCAACAUCGGAACCCCUCAGCAUCGAAUAUUCGCAUCGGUUCGCUGGUCCGGAAUAGAAUCACCCAACUGCUACUCGACUUGGACUACUGCAGCAGCAGCGGAAGCGACGGUGGCAUGCCGCACCAGCAACCGGCACGGUUCGGGUCACCCAUGCAGGAUCCCUUCGAACAAGCCGAGGAAGAACUCAGCGAGCAGUUUGUGGCACGUUCAGUGGCGGCAAACAUGGAAACGUCCACGGUCGAACUGCAUCCGGAGGGCUCCCGGUGCAAUUGCUGCAGCCACUGCGGACACCGUAGCGAUUGCAAAGUGGCACUUGCUCCCAGCUGUGUCGCACUGUUGAGCAAGGAACAGGCCGUCCAGCAGCUGAUAGUCAUGGGACAGAGUACGAUACGCAGCAGUUGUCGUGUACAAAUUAACGAUUCCGAUCCCUGCGGCUGCUGUCAGGCGAGAAUGUAAUCUUUCACCGACCUUCGACCGACGCAGGGUUUGACCACGAGAAUAGAGCCACCAUGGGCGUAGCGAAGUAACAUUUUAGGGUUUAUCAAUUACUAUCAACUGUUGUUACCGCCAUAAUGUUAAAACUCUGUUUAGAAUUAGUCUUAACAACCUUUUUAAACCUUUAAUAAAGCUCCAUUAGGUACGAAGAGUCCCACACUACAAGAAACUUAGCGAAUUUGAAGUGAUUGUUAAAUGAGUGGUUGAUUGAAAUUUAUUUAGUGUUACGUCUGUUGUCUGUGACUUUAAGUUUAGAAAACCUACCAAGAAGAGUUUCUAGAAUUAUUAUUUCGUGGAAAAUUGUUUUAUAAUGCCUUUGAGGUAGUUAACCCCUUCCUUCUGGCUACGCCAAUGAGAGAUCCUGCUGAGUCAACGGGAUAUAGCCAACCCCGCCACAGAUAUGCCUCGUAAUCGUAAACGUGUUGUUACACGGACGGAUGAAGU